AGAGCAUUGGUUAUUGAAUCGAACGAAUCAUUGCAAAGAGCCAAAGAUCCAAAAUUUGCAACAAAAACAAAAACUCUACCAAGUGAAGAAGAAAGAGAAGUGUCACAUCUCUCUCUCUAUCUCUUUGAUCCAAACAAAUUCCCUCAUAUAUCUCUGCUCUCUCUUCCCAAUAUUCUUCCUUUUUCUUCAAUCGAGAUUUUAUCGCUUUUUGAUUCGAGAAUUUCGAAAUCGGAACCCACCACCACCACCCUCCAUCGUCGCCAACAGAUCCAACGGUUCUCUGAUUAUUUUUAUUUGAAAAUUGUCUUCUUUGUUCUCCCUCUCGCUGGGUUUGAUUCUGAGAUUGAUUAAUCUAAAUGGGUCGCAUCGAGAUUUAGAAGAAAAGGGAAAUGUUGGCAAUGGAGAAAGAAUUUGAUUCAAAGCUUGUUCUUCAAGGGAACUCAUCCAACGGUGCUAAUGUUUCUAGAAGCAAAAGCUUCUCCUUUAAAGCUCCUCAAGAAAAUUUCACCAGCCAUGAUUUCGAAUUUGGCAAGAUCUAUGGUGUUGGUUCUUACUCUAAGGUUGUUAGGGCAAAGAAGAAGGAAACUGGAACUGUGUAUGCUUUAAAGAUUAUGGACAAAAAGUUUAUCACCAAGGAGAAUAAAACUGCUUAUGUGAAAUUGGAAAGGAUUGUUCUUGAUCAACUUGAACAUCCUGGGAUCAUUAAACUUUACUUCACGUUUCAAGACACAUCCUCACUAUAUAUGGCACUUGAAUCUUGUGAGGGUGGCGAGCUUUUCGACCAAAUAACCAGAAAAGGUCGGCUAUCGGAGGAUGAAGCUCGGUUCUACACUGCAGAAGUUGUGGAUGCUCUUGAGUAUAUACAUAGUAUGGGACUGAUUCAUCGAGAUAUUAAGCCGGAGAAUCUGUUGCUGACUUCAGAUGGACACAUUAAGAUUGCGGAUUUUGGAAGUGUAAAGCCGAUGCAGGAUAGCCAGAUCACAGUUCUACCUAAUGCAGCUUCUGACGAUAAGGCGUGCACUUUUGUCGGGACUGCUGCAUAUGUUCCUCCAGAAGUUCUCAACUCCUCUCCCGCAACUUUCGGGAAUGAUCUUUGGGCUCUCGGCUGCACUCUCUAUCAGAUGCUUUCGGGGACUUCCCCAUUUAAAGAUGCAAGUGAAUGGCUGAUUUUCCAAAGAAUUAUAGCCAGAGAUAUAAAGUUCCCAAAUCAUUUUUCAGAAGCAGCAAGAGACCUCAUCGACCGGUUGCUGGUAAGAUGCAUCAAAAGCCGUUGUCACCAAUCAAAUGAUAUGGCAGUAACUCUUUAAAUGUGCGAUUCUCUCAGGAUACCGAGCCAAGCAGAAGGCCAGGUGCUGGCUCAGAAGGUUAUGUUGCUCUUAAGAGACAUCCUUUCUUUAAUGGAGUUGACUGGAAGAAUCUAAGGUCCCAGACUCCUCCAAAACUAGCUCCAGAUCCUGCGUCUCAGACAGCAUCUCCCGAGAGGGAUGACACACAUGGUUCUCCAUGGAACCUGACACAUAUUGGAGAUUCUUUAGCCACACAGAACGAGGGGCACAGUGCUCCUCCUACAUCUUCUGAAUCAUCGGGUUCCAUAACUCGACUUGCUUCAAUAGACUCUUUUGAUUCAAGAUGGUGGGGGCAUUUAAGCUUCAUUUGUUUUCUGGGCAGCAACCUUGUUCAAAGCUCCUAAAACUAUACUUCAGUUAGACAAUCUGCUAAUUUUUUUCUUGUGAAUAUUUGAUAAACAGGCAACAGUUUUUAGAGCCAGGAGAAUCGGUUCUGAUGAUAUCAGCGGUGAAGAAGCUUCAGAAAAUAACGAGCAAGAAGGUGCAGCUAAUACUCACCAACAAACCCAAGCUGAUCUAUGUCGACCCGUCAAAACUAGUUGUGAAAGGAAACAUUAUAUGGUCUGAUAACUCGAAUGACCUCAACGUUGUAGUCACUAGCCCUUCACAUUUCAAGAUUUGCACGCCAAAGAAGGUUUUAUCAUUUGAAGACGCAAAACAGAGAGCUUCAGUGUGGAAAAAGGCAAUCGAGACUCUUCAGAACCGCUGAGACAAACUCCACUGAAGAAUGGUUCUGUUAAUUUCCUCGUUGGUGUUUUGUCUUUCCUUCAAGAUUUUAAACUGACCAAACUCCAUUCUUCAUAUGUUUUUUCUAUUUCACGCAUCCUUGAAAAGACCAGUUGGACACAAAACUGAAAAACUGCUUUUUGAAUCCUUUGUAUAAGUCAAACAAAUGUAUUACAAGGUUAAAGUUACAUGAGAUACUGAAUUCAAGC